AUGUAGAGUCAGACGUGAAAUUAUUGCCUCCCAGUGGGCGCAAUCGCUGCUCCUCCCUAACACCACCAUCGUCCUUCGCCUUCCUACCCGAUAUGUUGUCCAACGCUACAACUGCCAGGACUGGAACCGCUGCAAAGCCCGAGGAGAACGUCCCAAACCCGCUCUCUAUCAGCCGGAAGCCUGUCGACGGGCCACCAAUCCCAUUUCCCCGGUACUUGCAGGCCAAGAUAGUAAAAUGGCACGAGGCACACGGAGAAAAGAGAUGCAAGAGAUCCCCAAUUCCCACUAGCGACGUGAGAUGUCUGGGAGAACCUAAAGUGUUUGAUCGCAACGGUGAAGAGCUCCACUUCUGCUGAUAUCGCACGGGAAGUUCCAAGGCCAGCGUGCUUGUGGCAUUAGACGCUCGUCUGGCAGGGAGGGCAAGGAUUUUGAUUCCUGCCAAGGUCACCGUACAAGAUUCGGUACAUCUCUCCGGGAGUGGUCCAUGACUGAGCAA